CAUGCUGCGCUCUGACCUUAUCAGUCAACUUGUAGGAUGUUUGAAAAGGUUUUGGUAUUCCUAAUAAUACUGCCAUAACUUUAUGGAAACGCGCCUGGUUUCUGCUCGGCAAAUCGCUUGGCUUACCAACCGAGUAGUUUUGAAUAUGAAUCCCGUCGAAGACUGGGAGUAUGGAUUUUUAGUAAGCCCUGAAUAUCACCCAGCUACAUUUGUGGAAAUUAAAGGAAAGGUCAGACCUUGUGAUGGUCACAUGACACCUUCGUUAACCGUCAGACAUAUUAUUAUAUUUGUGUAAAAGGAUUUUAAAAUUUUGCUAGAGUUUCGUGGCAUGUGAUAAAAAAACUCAGACACCUUUCAUUUUGAAAAUCCAUUUCUCAUUUUUAAUUGCCAAUAACCUCACUCUCCAAUCAAGAACGUGACAUCAAACGGCUCGUGCAUUGUAUUGAUAAGCUCAUUCGGUUAUCGAUCUGCUAACUUGAUACAAUGACCGCUUAGUAAAUUUAAAUGAACAGAGUCAGAAACAAAAAGUGCAGAGACUUUUUUUUUUAGAGCAGUGGAAUGAAAGCAUGGACUCGUGUCUGGCUGUCUGAUAGGAUGCAGUGCGCGCUGAAUUAUUCUUAAUGAUUAUUUUAUGAGUCGUCUGCUUGCGAGGACUUUUCCGGAAGUAAACAACUAAAAAUUAAUUGUUGAUUUUGAAACUAGGAAAAUUUCGCGAAGUAAUCAGUUACUUUUCUAGGAAACUCAUAAAGUGCAAGGCUGCUCCCGGUACUUAAAAGCUGACAACAUGUCGGUACGUAUGAUCAACAUCAGUCUCUGGACAAUGUUGUGUCUCACGUACUCCGUAACACUGGCAGAAGUCUUCUCGUCUGUCAGCAAAAUCAAACAAUUAAUAGAACAAGAACGACAACUUAUAAACCACCUUGAAUUGGUACUAAAUAUAUCUCAAGCAAAAGGCGACAGUGACCAAGAGAAGAUAGAAAGACUGAAAAAAAAACUUCAAAAUUUGGAUGCAGCAAACACAUUGUUUCAAGAAGAAUGGAAUUAUCUGGAAAGCCCAAUAGCAGGUUUUAAACAUUUGAAACGAAUUUACGAAGACUGGCAAGACGUAACAGAAUCAGAAAAUAAGUCUGAGAACAAAAAGAGAAAUUUUCUUUAUGAUAAUUUACAAAGCAUGUAUGACGUCACGUCAAAAUGGAGGCUUUGGCCAUCUGAAAAAGACGUUGAAGGAGCCGCUCUAGGAUUGGUCAGAUUAAGUCAGGUGUACAACGUUUUUCCGGUUCCAGUAUGGCUUAGCGACAGUGCAUUUUGCAUUUCAAAUUGUUCCCGCCAUAUCGGUGUCCAGUCUAACCACGUCAUUGUCCCAUUACCCGUCUUGGGAAGCAGCGGCUGCCAUCAGAUGAACUCUAAAGAAAAAUCGAAUGUUCUCCAAACCAUCUAUAUGUUCAAGACAUGUAGAUCAAAGAACCCCCAUGUUCGUUGGAAAGAGUAUGAACUCUUCUCCGCCCAUGAUCUUAUGUUCGUUGCGCGAACUGCGUUGGGUAAUCAGCAGAAGUACGAGGCUCGCCGCUGGAUGCAGCUAGUGAAAACUUUCAAGUGCAGGAGUGACACAGUGUCCAGGUCCCUCGUUGCAGAUGAUACUACUCUCGUCGACCUGGGGGAAUUGGAAAAGAAAACGUUAAAUCAUGCCGAUCCAGUUCUGGACAGCGUACAGACUGGUUUCCUUAGUUUAUGUCAAAGGUCAAUAAUCCAGUUCCAGGAGAGAAAGGAGAUUCCAGCCACUAGCUGUCUCUGUUUCUGGACGUACUGCUGGCCCUAUGUGAGAUACGCCACUGAGACAGUCCACCAGUCACCUGAAAUCAACGUCUAUCACAAUGUUCUAUCAAACUCUGAGAUACAAGAUCUGAUUGACAUGGCGCUUGAGAGGAUGGAACCUUCACUUUUACCUGUCAACAGUAAAACAGAAAAUAGAACAAAUUUACUUCGUGUGAGUCAGACAGCGUGGCUGUAUGAUACCACUGAAUUCCUCAAAAGGUUAUCCCGUCGUGUGGGAGACAUCACUAAACUGAAUUCAGGUCAAAGUGACGUGGACACUCCGUCAGAGCCCUUCCAGGUGGUGAACUAUGGCCUGGGAGGUAUGUACGCCCCACACCAGGACUCUGUGAAAGUUUCCCGAGCCCGUGGUAAGGAAAAUGUUCCUUGGUUACAGCAUGCUGGUGACAGACUAGCCACCUGGAUGUUCUAUCUUAGUGACGUCACGUCCGGUGGUGCAACAGUUUUUCCGGCUCUGAAUCUAUCAGUAACACCGAUUAAGGGCAGUGCCGUGUUCUGGUACAACCUUCAACAAGACGGGAGUACGGACAGCAGGCUGAUACACGGAGCGUGUCCAGUUCUGUUGGGGAACAAGUGGGUGGCUAACAAGUGGAUAAGAGAAACAGCACAAACUUUCCAUAACCCAUGCCAUGAACUUCGCUUAUAAGAGAAACAGAGAGAGAGGGGGGGGGGAGUGAAAGGUCGUUGAAUGAAGCAUAAUGUUGAUCAAAGUUGUUUUUAUUGAAAUGUGAAAACAUAACUGCUGUAUUAUAAUUCUAUGUGUGAUUUUACAAUCACAGACACAAAAACUCUUUUGGUCUCCUGGUAAUCAAAUCAUUAAAUAGAAACAAUAUGACUAUAAGCUUUUCACAUGUAAAUUAUGAGUGAGUUUGGUGUGCAGGGCCGGUCCUACAGAUUGCGGGGCCCUAUGCGAAACGGAUUACGCGGGGCCCAUUCUGGUUUGUGAUAAGGAUAAUAAGUGAAAAUUAAAAUUUUGUAUUAGAAAAUAAAUUCGUCUUUUCAUUUUAUUCAUUCUUUACUAAGUACAAAAUUGCUGUCAAAUUAAUCUUGCGUGCCUUCUACAGUAGAUUCAACAGAAAGCCGAUAAGCAUUCAGAUCUGCCUUUCAGAUUUACUAUCGAAUAGCAGAAUAUCGCUUCUUGUUUUUAAGAGGUCGAGAUAGAUUUAGCUCUAUAUUUCUAUGCCAGUGACUAUUCAAGUAAAUUAAGAAUGUGAACUACUUGUUUUAUUUAAAAUUCAACUUAUUAGCUGACAAGGCCGUUUUUUUUUUUCAAAUCGUGAAUAGGAUUGGCGUUUUAAAUAUUGAAUGACACCCCGAAAUGAUAAUUUUGUCUGUUUUUACGGAGAUUUGCAUCAGUUUUCAGAUUUUAAUAAUUUCAUGAGAUUUUCAUGACUUUUUCGAAUAUUUUACAAUUUCAGGUGAAUUGCAGAACCCUUUAAUAAUAAGUUAAGAAAACGGUUUAACUUAAUAAUUACACCUAGAAUUCACGCGGGGCCUAUGAAAGUGCGGGGCCCACUGCGGCCGCAUAGGUUGCAGUGACCUAAGACCAGCCCUACGGGUGUGAAUGUAAAUUUUGUUGUUUUUUUUAGUUAUAAAAACCUCUAAUGUUUUGUUUGGUGUAAUGCACAAAUUGUAAGACAAAUUUCCUUAUGGAAAAUAAAGAUUAUUAUUAUUAUUA